AUGGCGAACACCAGCAAGGUCGUGGCGAUCUUCGGCGUCCUUGUUCUCCUGCAGGUGUCGUGCGCCGCCGGCCGCCACGUCCAGGUAAAGGACUCCGGUGAGCGUGUCCACGACGCCCCGGCGGUGAUGUCGCUGACGGACUUCCACACCGGGCCAGUGGCGUGCGACGGCAAGUCCCACAGCAACGACCUCCUCCUGGCGUCGCUGACCUCGGCGUGGUACGGCGGGGGCAUCCGGUGCGGCAAGAUGAUCCGCAUCGUGACCACGCGCGGGGUCGCCGUGGAGGCCAUGGUCGUGGAGGAGUGCGACAUCGAGCAGGGCUGCGGCGAGCACGAGAUCAGCACGUCGGCCGCCGUGUGGAAGGCCCUCGGGGUCGACGUCGGCAUAGGCGAGUUGCCCGUCACCUGGUCGGAUCUCGACUGA